CGUACUCUGGGGGCUCAGUACCGUUCAAAGAUGCAGGUUGCUGAGAUAAUACGUGGUACCAGGGCUAUCUACGAACUAGUGUUUCUUAUAUCUAUCUCUAUCACUUAUGUCCAUUCAUUGCCACUCCAAGUGUUACCAAGUAUACCGGGUUAUAUUCCGGUUUAUAUAAGACAUGGUGAUCAACCAUUGGAAGAAAUAAAUCCUGCGUUAGCUGAAGCAUUUCACGAAGGAUCGAGCUUGUCUAAGAGUAUUAACUUAGAUAAUAUUUCCGGUCAUGGAAAUAUCAAUCCUGUCGAAGAAGAGACGUAUAAAUAUGAUAUUUACCCGUUACAUAUUAGACAAGUGAACAAUCAUUUCUCUACUAAGGACGAGGAUGAUAAAAAAUCAGUAGAGGAAGUUACAAAAACGGAGACGGAAAAAUAUGCAAGCAACACGGAUAAGAAAAAUCGUCAAGAGAAGCCUAGGCGGAAAGGAGCUCCAAAACCAGUGGUUAAAAUUAAUCCACUGACCGAGGAAGAGAAAGAAGCCCUGGAGAAAUUGCAAAUCGACGUUAAAGAUAACCCAAAGCUUCUAAAUUCGAAUCUGCAUCUACGAUUGUCAUCAGAUGAAAUUAAUGGCAAUACUAACGAAGAAAUUUUUAAACAGCGCACAGAAGUUGAUCCAACCGCCAAUUAUUCAAUUCAACCUGACCCUUCUCCAAUUAAAGAUGCUGCCCAACAUUCGGCCGACAAGGAUGCUCCAAUAUCCACGCUGGCAAACGAAGGAAUGCCAGUUAAAAAACAACGUCUGCCGAAUAUUUUAUCCAAUGUUCGAAAGGUACUACCUUCGUCGGACAUGGUUUUCAAAACAGAGGAGGAACGAACGGAGGAACAAUCUUUGAAAGAAAAAUCAAAAUAAAGCAAACGUACCCUUCUAUAGUGAGACUUAUUUGUAGUUAUACGAUUAGUAUAAAAUAUUGUGAUGAAUAGAUUUUAGUACCCGUUUCUUUAACGUCAAAGUAUUAUAAGUAGAUUUACCGUUCAGAAAAUAAAGAUAAACGUCAAGUUUUAUGCAAAUCACUUAUCACGUUGAAUGUCGCAGUGAAAAUAAUAUUUAAGCUUGUGUAAGUGAUAAUAUUAAUGUGAUCUAAAAUAAAAAAAUUUUUCUAUCAA